GUAGACCCCUUGGCUGCUGACCCCCUGUCCCUGUUGUGGCUGCUCAGCUCUGCUACUGUGGCAUGAGGAUCUGCUGUGUCACGGGGUCUGUGCAAAUGAGCCGUCUGGUCGAGUCCCAGGCAGAGGAACGCUCCCCAGAGCCAGCUCCCCUGGCGGUGGCCACCCACCCCUCAGAGGAUGAGGAGAUCCUUUAUGCAGCCCUCAGGUUUCAUGAGGUGAAGGCCAGCGACCCGCAGGGAGAGCAGGCCCCCGACAGUGAGUACGCGGAGAUCCACAUCCAGCCAUGAGAGACUGAGACCGGCCCCGGCUCAAGGAGGCGCAGCCUCUUCCAGGCCAAGGAGAAGUCAGGUCCCUGCAGAGGGACGCCUCUAGGUCCUGGCGCCACGCACAACUGGAACCCAGACCUAUUCCCAGCUGCGCUCCGUGCUGUGGCCACCUCCUCUCUCCCCGCCACCUGCCCACCCAGGGCCUCCGCUCUCCUCUCUGCUCCUGAGCUCAACUCUUUCUGACUCCACUGCAGUGAGAUCUGCUGUGCUUCUCUCUGGACCUGUGUCAUCCACCACAGUGUCCUGCAGUUCACCCAGGUGUCCCCAAGGACAGAACAUCACACUGUAUAUUGCAAGAGAGGAGUGUUGUUGGUGGUGCUGGGGAUGGACCCCAGGGCCCUGUGCCCGUGAGGCAAGCACUCUACCAACUGGGCCAUGUCCCCGGGCCUCAAGGGAGGAUUUUCAAUGUCCUCACCACAAGGGAAUGAAGGGUGUCACAGGUGAUGGAUGGCUAAUUGGCCCAGUGUGUCAGUCCUCAGGGUAUGAAGCUAUUGAACAUCACAUUGUCCCCGAUAAAUGCACACAGUUACUAUUUGUACAUUAAAACAAAAUAAAACUUUAAAAAGCCCUA